AUGGGCUGGGCUGCAUGGCGCUCCCUUUUCCAUUGCUACUACUGCCGAUGUUGUGCUGCAAUAUGCCGAGCAGAGCAGUAUAACGAUGGACGAUGGGAAGGCACCAAGUCGAAGGAUGCAAUAUUGAGAGGCUCGGGUAUAUGUCUGUCGCCGAAGGUCGGUUUCCUUGGUGGCACCUGCCCACCUCGUUCAUCUAUUGAGCUCUGGUCGUCGUAGGUUGGUAAUCAUUUCGAAAUCCUAAAGUAUGGGAUGGGAAGAGCACUGAACUGAAAGAAAGGAGAUGACAAGAGAGGAUGGACGAUUGCUUUUGC